CGCCUCCAAUCCACCCGUCGCCGACGCUAUCUCGCCGCCGUGAAAGAAGGAUCAAGGAAGUGUCACUGCGCGCGGCGAUGAAGAGGAAGUGCCCCGACGACGAGGCGGCCUGCGGCGCCGGCGACGCCGCCAUGUGCGUCACCGGCUGCGGCUUCUUUGGCUCCGACGCGACCAACAACAUGUGCUCCCGGUGCUACCGGGAGCAUCUCCUCGCCGCACCCGACAACGACGACGACGAAGACGACGACAUCGCGGCCGCCGCCAAGGAGAAGUCGGCGACCAACCAAGAGCUGGCGGGCGCCUUCGCCUCCCCGCCGCCCGAGAAGAAGAAGGCCAGUCUGAGCGUCGCCGUCGCGUCGUCUUCUGACGCCGCCGCCGCCGCGAUGUCAGCGACGGGAGAGCAGUCGGGUUCCGCCACGGCCAACCGGUGCGUGACAUGCCGGAGGAAGGUGGGGCUGACGGGAUUCAAGUGCCGGUGCGGAGGCACGUUCUGCGGCGGGCACCGCUACGCCGACGCUCACCGCUGCGGCUUCGACUACAAGACCUCCGGGAGGAAGAAGAUCGCCAAGGAUAAUCCGGUCGUCGUCGCCGACAAACUGGGCUUCAGGAUCUGAGCUCCUAGCUGCCAUGAGAAUCUACAAAUUAUCCCCGAGGGACAGUCAGGCCUCGUUUUGUUUGCAAAAUUUUUUUACAAAAACAUAAUAUGGAUAUAGGACACAUAUUUGAAAUAUUAA